CAAACCACCAACGGCUGCUUCUUUUUGCCUCCCUCGGCCAAAAUUUGAACCCAACUGACAAAUGACAUUUCACCCCAUUCUGAUCCCACCAAUCUCUACCAUCUUCUCUCACACAUUUCAUUUGAUCAGGCCAGGCAACCAGCUCCCGUGAAUGCUGGUUUUGGAGUAGCCGGUCGGCUCGAGGCUCGUGAACGAAUGCCCAUCUCUCAACUCUCUGGUCGACUGCCGCACGCUGCCUCUCCAACUGCCACAAAAUGGCCGACGACGAUUCCGAUUUGGAGAUUUUAGACUCACUUCCCGAUCACAUCAACAAUGAUCGUCGUUCCGUGCCGCCCCGCCGCCGCCGCCCCGCAAACCCCAGCGAGUUCGAUAGCCUUUGGGACAGAGGACCUCGACGGACCCGAGAAAGCGCUCGCGACUUGCCCGGCAUGAACGAAAGACGACGCCAAAGGUUGCAACAGGAUGCGAUGCAACAUCUCAGUCGCCAGUCAGACGCGGCACGGCAUCGGCCUCAGGACGUCGACGUUAUCGACUUGACGGAUGAGCCGGAUAACGUGCCGCCGGCGGCGGUACCUCUCACAUUGCCUCGAGUUGUACCAGACUCGAACGGGAUGCCCGCACGUAGGAACGUUGGGUUUCUCGAUGUCGUUAACAACCCAAGUCAGCAACCGGACCAUUCAAGAAACCCAAGGAGACAGCAAUCGGGCCUGGCACGCACGCCGUCUCUAUCACGGAGCGACCCCAGCCUCAGCUUUGGCCGCGGCCGUUCUGCGAUCCCAGCCCAAAUGCACAUUGAUUUAACGGAAGACGACGACGUUCCGUCCAUCACAGGCCCGGCUGCAGGGCAGCAAGCUAGAUAUGCGACUCGGGGAUCUAUGCUCGACCCGCCUGCCAACAGGACCUGGCAUUGGCCACGACCCGGCGGCGCUGUCCAUAGCGUGCUGGGGAUGUUUCUUGGCCUCGGUGGGAAUGCGAGUAGGAACGCAGGAGCACCAGCAGAUGCAGCAGGUGGUGCAGCGGGCAACCAUCGCCUCAGAGAGAUCAGAGACAUUCAGCAAGAGCUUGAGAGGACCAUGGAAUUGAACCAGCUCAUGCAAAAUCGCCCCAGGGACAUGUUGAUUGAGCUUGAUUACGGUGGCCUUCCUCCAAACUUUUGGGACGACCACACGCCCAACAGGCCCAAGCCUGCCUAUGUGCCACCCCCAGACGCGCCUGUCGGGUUCACUCGUGACACGGGGGAUGAGGUUGUCGCGAUUUGUCCUGGCUGUGACGAGGAGCUCGUCUACGACCCUGAUGAAGUUCGUGACGAACCAGAAGCUGUAGCUACGAAGAAGCCUAGGACCAAGAAGGAUCGGGCUGAACACCACUUCAUGGCGAUCAAGGCUUGUGGCCAUGUUUAUUGCCGGGUUUGUUACGAGCGCAGAACUACUCCAAGCAGCCGAAAAGGUGGUUCUGGGCCUGGGCCGAAUUUUAGGCAGCUCCAAGAUAGCACUAAACUGCUGUGUGCCGUGGAUGACUGCGCGUCGGAGAUCAAGUCAAAAACAGCCUGGCUUGGCAUAUUUGUCUAGCGGCUGAGCGGUUACCCAGUGUCUUACUGUCGGCAUUCAUGUGUGACCACGCUUCGGAAGCCACUCACAAACAACCGUUUGUCUGCCUGGCUGACCACCGACUUUGAGGAAACACAGAGGCAGCGGGGUCAAUCAAUCUCUUCAAGAGAUUGUACUGGCUCUUAUAGCUCUGAUAAUCCUGGUCUAAUUUCUUCUUGUUCUCCUUUUGCUUGUUUUUGUUUUCUGUUUAUCAGCACGGUUCCAGUUGGAACACAAACCCGACGAGUCUCAUGCAUUUCGGAACGGUGGACACGACGGAUACCCCUACUUGUAUAGCAUACUGCAUUAUGGAUCGCAUGGCGUUGGUAGAAGAAAUCGGAAGGGAUGGAUACAUAUCGUCAGCCCUUAUAGACUUGAUUCAUCGGUUGACCAGAUAAACCUCACACUGCGUCGGUAUACCUCUUUGCUUCUAUUUCUUUUGUUUGUGUUCGUCUACGUCUCUUUGGUGAAGACCAGCGACACAUUCCCGUGUUUGAUGAUAGGACAUGGUCUGAAUUUUAUUCGAGUUGAUUGACGACCCAAGAAAGACAAAAGAAAAUCGCGGGCUCACAAACCGAGCGCAGUCAACUGUACCGUCAGUCACAACGGCGAGGCUGAGUGGACGACGAUCGCUAACCAAUCUCGGGCCGUGGUAAUCCACACAACUGAGAGGAACUAUGAGUGCUGAUCAUCAUUACCCACGAAUGGAGUCAGACUUACAGACCUUGGAAGCGUUGCCGCACUGGCAACUGGACUGCUGGACUACACGCAUUCGGGAAUUGCUGGAGUCAGCCAAACCGGAGCAUUUUCAGUUGAGGUGGUGGCGCGGCGAUUUGUCAGUGGAUGGAUGAGGCAACAAGAAAAAAAGAGUCGUCUAAACUUGGGAAAACACAAAAAGUCUUGGAGUGAGGCAGUGAACAAGUCAGAAAGACACUUGAUUGGCUCUCAAUUACGCUGCUUACUCUGCUCACGUUGGUCAAAAUACGCAUACUUGCCCUGGUAGGACACAUGUUUCGACACCACUGCCACCCCGCGUACGGGGCUCAGUUGGGCAAGAGACCCCACUAAAAGUUUCAAGAUUACUAUGUUUAAAUGGGCUCGCCCCGAUGCCGUAGGUGCGCAAAUCUUGCUGCGGAACUUCUGUCCAAGGUCCAUGUCGGCUUGGGUCGGAUCUUGGCUUUUCUCUCAGUUCGGCAACGAUGAUUGCCAAGUUACCUAGGUACGGGUAUGGUAUUCCAUCCUGGUGGGAAGAGAUUGCUAUUUUCUGCCCAGGCGCGAUUUGCUUGUUCGUUCCCGUUGUUUCAGAAAAACCCAACAUCGCAAACAGAGGAGCAAUGCAAAGGAAGACAGAGGCAGCCGGUAGGACAAGAGAGAGGGUCCCGAAAUGGCAAGCGGGUCAAUUUUAGCGUCUUUCUUGGUCCUCCUUAGUACUGCAAAUUGGUGUUAAUGGCUGGGGUUAUUAUGUAAGCACCCGGGAAGCUGCUACUGCUAGGUACACUAGUAAUUAAGGUAGUACAGUGACAGUGGCAUGUGCAACUGAACUUCGCCCUUCAAGCCCCUGUACAAAUCAUAUCAG